CACGCCUUUCUUUUUCAUACAAACUCCAAUCGAGACGUAGCACUGCGUUUUAUUUUCGGUCUACAAACUCUACAUGAAUAAGGAACUACGAGAGACUCAUACAAACAAUAACAUAAAAAUGUAAAGAGAGACAGAAAGAGAAAGACAGAGUGAGUAGGACAAGAAAAGAGUGUCUAGAACUGGGAUUUCUGAGGAGAUCUGCAAUCUUCUUGGCAGACCUGAAGACGAGCUGUGUGUCGGAGAGGACUGGAGGAGAGGGGAGGGUUGGGGGUCAUGCUGACCACCACGGACAACCUCUUCCUGACAACACUGCAGCGCAUAGAGACAGGAAGUAGAGACACAAAGAGGGGAGGGGGAACGAAAAACAUUUGUUCAGAUUUUGUUUAGGGGAACGAGAGAAAGAGAGGAGAAUUAUUUUCCUGUCACCUAAUUUCUUGAAUCCGUGGUGAACUGGCGCAAGAUAAAUUCUGAAUGGGAACUAGGAAGGAACACGGAGGGAAAUAGAAAAUAUUAAGAAGACAGCUUAUGGAGGACUUCUCAGACUACCAAGAUGGAUUGUUGCCGUGGAGUUCUGUGUGUCUGACUCACAGGUUUUUUCAAGAAGGACUAUAGGAAGGAGUUUGAAUUCCAAACGAUAGAAUGAUGAAAACAGCUGUUCUUACUCAGGAGACUGAAUCUACUGCUGGGGUGAAAGCUGAGUCUUCCUCUCCACCUCCAUCUUCUAUCACCACUACCUUAUCCUCCGGGGCAACACCGCUCCCCCUACCCAGAACCCCCCUCUCCCCAGGAUCCCCCAGAAUGGGUCCCCUGACUUUCCCCUCUGAUUCUCUGCCUGCCUCACUCGCUGAUCCCUUCCCCUCACCCUCUGUCCCAUCAGCUGUCCCCACCCCCUCACCCCUAACAGUCCAUCUGGACUCCUCCCUCCUCCCUACGCCCCUCAGCUACUCCUCACCCACACUAGCUCUUCUUCCAUCCUCAGAAUUGCUCCCUUCCCAAAUGGACACUGCCACUGUUGCCAAUGAUGUCCCAGAAUCCACUGCCCCAGAGAACGCCUCUUCCCUGUUAUUCACACCCCAAGUCUCUUACCUUCCACGCACCUCUGGGUCCAACCUUGUUGCACCACUACCCACCCAAGACUCAGCGACCACCACCUCCCUCCUCCUCACCCCUGUUCCUCCCUCAGUGUCCUCUACAACCCCCCAUACGGACAUCUUGGAUGUCUCUGCUCCUCCCCUCCCUUUAGCAAUGCCCUCGCCAGUCCCAGAGGUCUUGUCUUCAGAGUCAACCCUAUCAGUUGCUUCCUCUCCAACAGUCCCCAAACCUUCAUCCAUGCCCCUACCUGCUCUUCCUGGAGAUCCUGUCUCAAAACCCUCCUCACCUCCUGUCUCCUCCCCCCGCGUGCUUCCCAUAGCAAAAUCCUCUCUGUCCUCACCAAAUAUUCCUCCUGUCCCAAAACUUUCUGCAUCUAAUUCUCUCCCCCCUCCUGUCUCAAAACCUUCUCUGUCCACACCCCUCAUUCCUCCCAUUCCAAAAGCAUCCUCACCUCCUUUCCCUGCCCGGGUACCUCCCGCCUCAAAGCUCAUCUCAAGACCCUCAGCACCUCGAAAACAUUCUGGUCCGCCCCAGCCUAGACCGCCUGUUCCUCACCCUCACUCUGUAGCCAAGCCAUCCUCCCCUGCUCUCCCCAGACCUCCUCCUCCAUGUGCCAGGCCCUCAUCUCCCCCUCUCCCCACACCACUAGUCCCUCUAGGUCCUAUUCCCUCUCCAGCCCUCUCUCCAGCCCUCUCUCCAACCCUUUCUCCAGCCCUUUCUCCAGCCCUUUCUCCAGCCCUUUCUCCAGCCCUCUCUCCAGCCCUCUCUCCAGUGCCCUCCCCAGCCCUCUCUCCCGUCCCAAUUCUAUCCCCAUCCCCAAUUUCACCAGCAAGCAUCAGUAUCCUGGAGAAGCUGAUAAAAACAUGCCCUGUGUGGUUGCAGUUGUCCAUAUCCCAGCAGAAAGCCUUGCUCAUAUUGACGAAAGAGCCUCUGGGGAUCUUUUUAGUGCGGAAAAGCACGGACCAGAAGGCCAUGGUUCUGUCAGUGCGUGUGUCUAACCAGCAGGGGGAGCCCCAGGUCCAGGACAUUCUGGUUAAAGAGGAGAGGUCAUUGAUGUACUUGGAAGGGUCUGUCCUGGUCUUUGACAACAUCUUCAAACUCAUCGCCUUCUACUGCAUCAGCCGAGAUAUUCUCCCCUUCACUCUGAGGUUGCCUCAGGUCAUCGUUCAGGCAACCAAGUAUGAGGACAUAGAGAUGAUGUCGUUGUUAGGCUCAGAUUUCUGGGGUUCUCAGCUGAACUGCUCCUCAGAGGAGGUGGACCAGAAUAAGGACCACAGCAGCUCCUCCUGUGAGAUCCAGCUGUCUGUGGGAACCGCUAAUGACCGCCUGUGGUACGUCAACCCCAUCUUCAUAGAGGAGUACUUCAGCAGCCUGGAGGCGUCUGGCACCCUCCCCACCCCGAUUUUCAGGAGCCAGAGCCUGAACACCCCAGGGCAGGUGCCCCCGAAGUUCAAACGCCCUCCGCCUCGACCCCCCAACGUACCGGAGGUCUUCUUGCUGUCGCAGGGGGCCAAGCAGGGGACCAGAGGAACGUCUGAUUCCCCCUCUCCCCGCUCACCCCCCCCGCCCCUUAUAGCCACAAACUCAACGCGUCAGAAAGGGGAAGGAAACACCAGCGAGGACAAAGGGGAGAGAACUCCUCCUCAGAGAGAAGUGUCAGACACACUCACUAACCCGUUCACAGCUAAACAGCCUCCACAGCCCCCGUCAGCCCACGGAGUGACAGCAGGACAGCGACAUCCGGGACCCCGCCUGGCGCCGCACAAAAUACCGCCGGUGCCCCUAAGACGGAAGCCCUCAGAGAAGUGUCCCUCACCCACAGAACAAGAGCUGUCACAUCUGGAAGAGGGCGCUCCGACACUCACUACGUCCUCAAAGAGGAAGGAGAAAGAGGAAGAAGAGGCCAAAGUGGCUGUUGCUUCACUGGUCCGCAUUGAUGACGCCUCCGUCAUAGCUGUGGAGGAGAAAGGGUUAGGAGCUGAGGCCUCUGUUGGCGUGAGAGUCUCACCGCAGAAGCAAGGGACUUCGGAGACUUCCAACAGCAGUGAGGGUGUUACCGUGGCCAAAGCUCCGCUAAUGAAGAAGGCAACGGCUCCAGUCCCGCCUCCCAGAAGGAAAAAGUCAUCCCAGGCUACGCCCACCACAACACUCUUCUCAGCCGUGAUAGGCGGAGGACUCCUGUCAAACGACGCAUCGCUGACGGAAUCCAGCCUGCCCCAUCCCCACACCCCCAGCAUCCAUGUGACCGCCCACAGGCCCAUCCCCUUCUCUGUUGGGGAGCUGAAGGAGACCAGAGGGGCAGACGUGUCCCUGUACUCCCCCCAGGGUGGAGCAGCCCUCCCCGCUUUGGAACAUGACUCCUACUCCACCAGCAGCACGGAGGAGGAGGCCGACACCGUCGCCAUCGGGGCUGGAGAUUCCGGUGGCACCAACAACAGCAAAUUUAACUACCCCCAGGUGUCAGUGAAGAGGACCUCCACCAUUAUGCUGGAUCGGGCCAAGCAUCGCCUCUCCAUGGUCAACUUCUCCAAUGUCUUCACCAACUUAAUGAGCGCCGACCACAAGCUGCAGAAGAGAAUCGUAGAGCUGUCCCGGGAUGGGAGCUCUUACUUUGGGAACCUGAUGAAGGAUUAUAGGGUUUAUAUUCUGGAGACCAUGGGGAAGCACACCUCCAGCACUGAGCUGCUGCAGGAGAUCCGGCAGAUGAUGACCCAGCUGAAGAGUUACCUCAUCCAGAGCAUUGAGCUGCAGAACCUCCUGGAGCCCAACGUUUACACAGAGGACAAACUAGAGGUGAUUAUCGAGGCUGCUCUGUGUAAGGCUGUGCUGAAGCCUCUGCGUGAGGCCGUGUACUCCGGCCUGAAGGACAUCCACGCCAGGGACGGCUCUCUGAAGAGGCUCAAGGAGAACCAGAGCGUGGUCCUGGGCACCACCACCACAGACCUGGGCGUCACCACCAGCAUCCCAGAGGCGCCGGUCAUGGAGAAGAUCCAGCUCAAGCUAAUGAGCCUUCACCAGGAGUACUCCCCUCAGAAGAAGAUCGAUCUGCUCCUGAAGGCCUGCAAGAUCAUCUAUGAGUCCAUGUCUGUGGGCUCCCCAGCAGGCAGGGCGCAUGGAGCUGAUGACUUCCUCCCAGUGCUGAUGUAUGUCCUGGCCCGGAGCGACAUGGUCUACCUGCUGCUGGAUGUGGAGUACAUGAUGGAGCUCAUGGAUCCAGCCUUGCAGCUUGGAGAAGGCUCUUACUACCUGACGACCACGUACGGCGUGUUGGAGCACAUAAAGAACUACGACAAGCAGACGGUGACCCGACAGCUCAGCCUUGAGAUCCAGGACUCCAUACACCGCUGGGAGAGGAGACGCACCCUGAACAAGGGACGCGUGUCGCGCUCAUCUGUCCAGGACUUCAUCAACGUGUCUUUCCUGGAGGCGGGCUGUAACACUAAGACCCUCGGGGUUCGUCCAGCCACCACAGCCCAAGAUCUGUGUGCCCAGUGUGCUGACAAGUUUGAGGUGCUGGAGCCAGAGUCCUACAGCUUGAGUGUUUUGGUGGAAGGCCACUACCAGCCGGUAGCUCCUGAGGAGUUCCCGUUGACCAUCAAGUCCAGUCUCCACCACAGCGAGCCCAGGAAGGAGUACUACUUUGUCUACCGACCGGGACGGACCGAAUCAGAAGGACAGGAGGCAGAGGCAGAGAGCCAGCAGCAAACAGUCAUGGAGGAACCAGAACCUGAAGUGGAGGAGAGUCUUAUUGAGAUUUGAUAUGAAGGCGCGUCAGACCACUGUGCUUGUGCAAGCCUCUGUAACACACACUUAAGACAACAAGUGCCUUUCUGCUUGAGUGGAACUCCAAAAACUGAAAUGAUGGUUCUGCUCUUAUAUCUUCGAUACAAUAUAACAAUGUGCUUGGCCAUUUUGAAUAUGUGGAGACUUGGGGAAAGAAAAGAACCACCACCAGAACCUCACCAAGAAGAAAGUAAAUGUCUGUCGUAUCAACAAGGGGACCCACUCAAGUUUACCUUGGAUUCUGCAUUUAAUGGUGACUCCUAAUAUGUACUGUAGUAUUAUCUCCAAUAUUGAUCAAAGCUCUAGCCAUGAUGAGCAGAUACUGAUCAUUCAGUUUGAAAUAGAUAAUUAAAAGAUAAGCACAAGGACUGUCUUGCCAGCAUCCCAAAUGUCACCUAUUCACUAUGUAGUGCCCUACAUGUGAAAGAUUAGUGCACUAUUUAUUACAUAUUAUGUCAUUUGUUAUGCAUACGAGGUACUCUGUCCGCAUGGCGUUCCUUUUUGGCUUUUUGGCUUCUUCCACGGUUUGGACUUUCGCUAAAGAUAUUUUUGCGCGGCAAUAUCCUUGCCAGUAUUAUCUCAAAGGCUUAUAUGCUCACAAAGGACUGCUACUCUUUUUAUAUCAAUAUUUGCAGUGACUACAUUUCCUGAAAACAAAAUGUCUGAAGACUCGUUCUU